GCCAGAAUGUCAAUUCCAGGACAUCUCCUGCUCUGAAAAGCCGCAAGCCCAUCCCUCACAUUCCAGAAAACCCCUUUAAAGAAACAAUAUACAAUCUCCAAUAUGCCGGGCUCUCUAUCCCUCUUCUCUGUCAAUGCGGUCCUGGUCAUGUCCGCCGACGAUGGCUCUCGCAUCUUCGCCAAGUACUACUGUCCACCUCACCCCCCAGCAGGGACUCCUGCCCACUCGACGAAUUACCCCGGCGCCAAUCCCUACCCGACUCUGAAGGAGCAGAAGGCAUUUGAAAAGGGUCUCUUGGAAAAGACGAACAAGCAAUCUAGCGAUGUCAUCCUCUACGAUAACCGUGUCGUGGUCUUCAAGAUGGAGAGCGAUGUCAUGCUUUACGUUGUUGGGCCCGCAGAUGAAAAUGAGGUGUUGUUGUACAAUGUUGUUUUGUCUUUGAGGGAUGCACUGGGUAUUUUGUUCAAAGGCGCAACUGACAAACGCACCAUUGUCGAAAACUACGAUCUCCUCGCUCUGGCUAUUGACGAGAUUAUCGAUGAUGGAAUUAUUCUUGAAACGGAUCCCGUUCUGAUCGCUUCGCGCGUCAGCCGACCCCCUCCACCGGAUGUGCCGAAUAUGAAGAGCAUCGAUCUCUCGGAACAGGGUCUUCUCAAUGCGUGGGAGUUUGGGAAACGGCGUUUGGCUGAACAGUUGCGGCAGAUGUGAUUUUGCAGCAUUUAGCGUUGCUGUUGGCUGUUGGCUGUUAAUUAUUUUUUGAGUGAGAUGUAAUCUUCUGAUGAGGGUGUGCUUCUUACCGGUGUCUGCUCUAUACCUGGCUGGUCCUGGUGUGGUGUCUGUGUUUACUUUUUUUACGAUAUUAUUUCCCUCCAUUUUUGUUUGUCGAGCGUCACCGUGCUCUAUGUUAUAUCUAUUGUUCUCUGAACGAACUCUGGCCCAUACGUUACUCGAGAUACAUAUCUCUUCCUCAUGCGUGCUGUGUUCUUGUCAUUUUCUUUUUAUUUCGAAAACCUUACAUACGAUUAUAUUUAUUUUUGCUAUUCAUUGGCUGAAAAGCAGAACGCCAAUAGUAAUAUUAGACAUUAGGACAGCCG